AUGGAUCAUUCCCUACUUGUGAUUGCCUCCACGCUCCGGAUACUCGGGGUAGAUGCCAACUACGACCUCGAAGCCAGCCUGGGCCGUUACUAUGGUUCUUCUCCCACCCCCGACGAGCCCGACUCCGAGUCUGAAUCGAGCACGUCUACGUACGUCAUCCAGGCAGUUGGCCGCGCCUGGGGAGACGUCAAGAAGCACUACGUCGAGCAUGCUCAGCUAGUCGUUCGCGUGACAGAGGGUAGCCAGGCUAGCGUAGAGGACUACGCCAAGUACUGGGACGAGCACCAACGGAUAAUCGACCACUGCAACUACGUCUACUUGUCGAUUUCCGAACCCAUCAAACUCGUCAUGCUCAAGUAUAUCCACGACGCCAUCAUCUCCUCCGGCGCCCAUCUCACCGCGAUGGUACGCCGCGUCGUUUCCUCCGCCCAGGCCUACGACGCUGGCCUCGACGCCACCAGCCGGGCUAGACUGGACCUCAAGGUCGUGGAAAUGAUUGAAGAGGUCAUCAAGAAGGGCUAUGGCCAGGCGGCUGCGAAGGAGAUGAUCGUAGCGGCCGCGAUGAGGGUCCGGGAGGAGCUGGCCGCCAUUAUACCAACGACUUCGCUUCGCCGUCAAGGCGCCACUCUGCCUGGCUCUAAGAAGUCUUCUAGACCUCGCCGUGGCUAUCGCAGUCGUCCCGACAUUCAGGGUCCCGCCCCAUUCGCCCUACACGAUCCCGCGACUCCGUACCAGCCUGCCUUCGGCACCAUCACUUCUGGUCCCACUCCAAAGUUCGGCCCCCGUUUCGUUGGUGGAGUUUCGCGAGCCACCCGCCGCUAAGGCUAUGGAUCCGUUGCCAGAGAAGGUGUUCAGGCAAGGCUGAGUGUGGUGUGGUUGGUCAGUUGAGGGGUUUAUGGUGUUUUCGGUGGCUACGGGUGGAUCGGGCUUUGGGGGAGUGGCUUUGGGCGGAUAUCUGGUCUCUUUGCUGCAGAUACGACACUGACUACUACAUCAGGUCAAUGUGGCUAUCAUCUGGG